CCCCGCCGCCGCCGCCCCCCCCGCCCCGGAGUCACCUUGGUGCCGGGCGGCGGCACCGGAUCGGACCCGCCCCGGCCCCGGCCCCGGCCUCGGCCUCGGCCUCGGCCCCGCUAGCGGUACCGGUACCGUCCGCGGCCGAGAUGGCGGCGGCGCCGGCGGCCGAGAAGCCCAAAACCUCCCCCAAGUCCGUCAAGUUCCUCUUCGGCGGCCUGGCCGGCAUGGGGGCCACGGUGUUCGUGCAGCCGCUGGACCUGGUGAAGAACCGCAUGCAGCUGAGCGGGGAGGGGGCCAAGCGCCGCGAGUACCGCACCAGCCUCCACGCCGUCGCCUCCAUCCUGCGCCGCGAGGGCCUGCGCGGCAUCUACACCGGGCUCUCGGCGGGGCUGCUGCGCCAGGCCACCUACACCACGACGCGCCUGGGCAUCUACACGGUGCUGCUGGAGCGGCGGACGGGGGCGGCCGGGGCGCCGCCGCCCUUCGCCGUCAAGGCGCUGCUGGGCAUGGCGGCGGGCGCUGCCGGCGCCUUCGUGGGCACCCCGGCCGAGGUGGCCCUCAUCCGCAUGACCGCCGACGGCAGGCUGCCGCCCGCCGAGCGCCGCGGCUACCGCAACGUCUUCGACGCCCUGCUGAGGAUCACGCGGGAGGAGGGCGUCCCCACGCUGUGGCGGGGCUGUGUCCCCACCAUGGCCCGGGCCGUGGUGGUCAACGCCGCCCAACUCGCCUCCUACUCCCAGUCCAAGCAGUUCCUGCUCGACUCCGGCUACUUCGGGGACGACGUGCUCUGCCACUUCUGCGCCAGCAUGAUCAGCGGCCUGGUGACCACGGCCGCCUCGAUGCCCGUGGACAUCGCCAAGACGCGCAUCCAGAACAUGCGGAUGAUCGACGGGAAGCCGGAGUACCGCAACGGGCUGGACGUGCUGGUGAAGGUGGUGCGCUACGAGGGCUUCUUCAGCCUGUGGAAGGGCUUCACGCCCUACUACGCCCGCCUGGGCCCCCACACCGUCCUCACCUUCGUCUUCCUCGAGCAGAUGAACAAGUUCUACCGGCGCUUCUUCCUCAGCGCCUAGCUGCCCCCCCCCGGGCCCCCCCCCGCGGCCGGGGGGGCCCCGAACGCGACCCCCCCCCCCCCCCCGCGGAGCCCGGGCCCGGCGGGGGCACACGGAACGCGACGCCCUUGCUGUGCCCGGGCCUGGGGGGGGCCCAAAUGUGACCCCCCCCCCACUGUGUCUGUUCCUGGGGGGGCUCCGAAACGCGACCCCCCCCCCCCCGUGCCUGGGUGGGGGGGGCCCCAAAUGUGACCCCCCCGUUGUGUCUGGGCCCGGGGGGGCCCCGAAACGCGACCCCCCCCCCCCACCGCCGCGCUUGGAACGUAGUAAAGAGAUGCUGGAACGAG